AUGUCGACAACUGAGGGAUUACAGUACCUCUUGUUGGUCUCUUGUGCGGCCUCUCUCCUCCCGCUCUCAACCCUUUUCCUACUCAUCAACUACGCGUAUAUUUCAUCCGCACCUCGGAACUCUGCUCGUCGGCACUUGAUCAGCACACCAGGCUUCAUUUCAAGAACCAUCCUUAUCACAGGGAUCAAUAGUCCGCAAGGACUCCGCUUGGCCAGAGCCUUCCAUGAGACGGGCCAUAAUGUGGUGGGAGCCGACUACGAGCCGGGCGGCCUUCCCAUGCCUGCCCGCUUUUCGCGAUCAUUGCGCCGUUUCUACCGCAUGGACCUGCAGCCUGAAGAGAAACGGGUAGUCUCGUACAUUGCAGCUCUGGUCCAGAUUAUAACGACUGAGCGGGUCGAUAUCUGGAUCAACUGCACACGCAGCGCAGAUCCCUUCAUCGAAGCUCAAGCCAGGGAAAUCAUUGAGCAAGACACCAACUGCCGCUCCUUUGGUCUAAGCAUGGCAGAUGCCCCGUACUUUGCGACACGAGAUGCCUUCCUUAUGCACACCAAAAGUCUAGGCCUGCCUGUCCUGGAAACAUACCUGGUAAGAUCGAGAGACGAAGUGCACAGAGUGCUUCAUAAUUCUCAGAGAAGACGGAGAUAUCUGCUCCAAAGUCUCAACCCGGAUGGAAUUCCAGCCGAGUCCAGCAGGACCAUGCUUCCCAGGAAGACGCCGAGCCAGACUUACAACACAGUUGCGCGCAUCCCCAUACAAAAAGCCAAACCAUGGCGGUUGGAGCAGAUCACGGAGGGUUUGAAGAGGUACUCUAGCUUUGCAAUCAUUGUCGAGCGGAAUGUCAUGGCCUUUGUCGCCAGUUAUCCCACGGGCACGGGUGGCGCACAAGUCUUGGACAGCAAGUCGGCCCUGAACCAAUCAAUGUUGAUGUUCAUGCAAACGUUCGCCAGUAAACAACGCCCCGGGUUCAGCGCUCACCUCGGCGUCGACUUCUGCGUCGAGGAGCAUGCCAAUGUGUCUGGAGUGCUGGAAAACAUCUUUCCAGUAAGUGUAUCUGUCCACGCCCAGGCUGGGCUGCUUUUCUUCCAGGGUGCGGCCGGUUCAGCCCAAUUGACUCGAGCAUACCUGGCAAGCCUUCCAUCCAGGGCCAAGGAUGAUGGCGAUCAGCAACUGGGGUCUAUUACUGUCGUCAAGCAAGACUCUUCCAAUGCCGAGGUGGCCAUGCCAAGCGCCAAUACUUCUGGGAUCUACUGCUUCGGUCAAGAAUUGCUUCAACUUUGCCUGACGCCGCUGUUGGGAGUGCUUACUCGUGAAAAGAGCCUGAUCGAGUGGUUUGGGACGCUGCAGUUGUUUCUCAGACACUUACUUUUCUGCCGGGAUAACGAAUACAGCUUCGAAGAUCCGGUGCCCUUCUGGUGGGCUUACCAGGUCUACAUUCCAUUGCAACUUCUGAUGACCCUGUAUAUGAGUAUUCGCGGCUCAUCACACGCGUGGCCGCAUGAUCCCGUGGAAGUAUGCCCUCCCCAACAACUCGACGAUGGCAGAAGUCAUUCAGGGAUCCAACCGACGAAUCUUAUACUUGGCCUUACGAAUGGCGUGGAAAAGCGCAGCUCCUAUCCAAGAUAUGCCGACCCCCAGACACAGCUGGCGCGAGACUACCUAUCGGGAGAAAUAUAA